AGUAUAGCUGGUAUGCCGUUAUUUCAUAAACAUGGUCCUCUGUCAGCACCGAAAUAUUUUUAUAAUAAUUUAUAGUAAACAUGUAUAUUUAAAUAUGAACCUGCCUUACUUCCUUUUAAUUUCAACAUUGAUGAUGAUUGUUGAUGGUGGGUUCACAGUAAAGGGUUCUUCAGGUCCUCUGGUUGUUCCUCUGGGAAGUUCAGUGGUUCUGCCCUGUUCUGUUGAGAGACCCUUACCACUGAAAGAUCUGGAGGUGGAAUGGAGAAGAUCAGACUCACAGACUCUCAUUCAUCUGUAUCAAGAUGAAGAUAUCAGACCAGAUGCUCAACAUCAGGAUUAUCAUGAUAGAGCUCAUUUCUUCACUGAAGACAUUAAACAUGGAAACUUCUCCCUCCUGUUGAACAAUCUGACAGCUGAAGAUGAGGGACAAUACACAUGUAAAGUUCACACUGGACAAGAGUCUGAGGAAACUGUGGUGGAAAUUAAACAUGUUGAGCGUUUGAUAGUGUCAGGAUCAAGCUCCAUAUCUGCGUAUGUUGGUGAUGACGUCACUCUGAGCUGCUCUGUGGAGUCUCACAUCAAACCUGAAAAGAUUGAAGAGGUUUCAUGGAAGAAAACAAAUAAAGGCGAACCCAUCACAGUUCUUCUUUAUCAAUACAAUAAAACUCUAUCAGAAUCAUCAGAUGAGCGAUACAGAGACAGAGUUGAGUUCUUCACUGAUGAAAUCCACAGAGGAAACUUCUCUCUCAGACUGAAGAGAGUCACAACUGAAGAUAAAGGAGUUUACAUCUGUCAAGUGUUUGCUGGACGACUAUCAGCAAACACAACUGUAAUACUGGAGCGAUUAGGUUUUUCUGGUUUACACAUAAUGGUGUUGAUUCUGUGUAUUACUGCAUGUGGAUCUGCUCUUCUGUUCUGCUCUUUCAUCUACUGCAGAGUAAAAUCAGGGCUCUAUGCGCAGUGUGAUUAUGUACGAGUCAUUCCAGGACAUUCAGCGGUUCUGCCCUGUUUUAUUGAUCCACAAUUGAUAAAGAAAGGACUGAAAGUGGAAUGGAGAAGAUCAGACUUGAAGAGUCCAGUGUGUGUGUAUGAAGAUGGAGAUAUCAGGAACCAUCAGGAUUAUCAUGAUAGAGUUAAUUUCUUCACUGAAGACAUUAAACAUGGCAACCUCUCCAUCCUGAUGAAGAAUGUAACCACUGAAGAUACGGGGAAAUACUCAUGUAAAGUUUACAGACAAAAGGAUGUUUCCAUUGUGUUUUUGGAACGUAUUAGACAAAUUCCAGGGAUCCAUGUGAUUUAUGCUUGUCCGGAUGUUCCUCUUGGAAGUUCAGUGGUUUUGCCCUGUUUCGUUGAUCCACAUUUCAUGACAGAGGGUAUAAAGGUAAUAUGGAGAAAAUCAGGAUUGGAGGAUCCAGUGUGUGUGUAUCAAGAUGGAAAUAUCAGGAAUCAUCAGGAUUAUAAUGAUAGCGCUCAGUUCUUCACUGAAGACAUUAAAACUGGAAACUUCUCCCUCUUGGUGAAGAAUGUGAGAGCUAAAGAUGUAUACAAAUGUGAAGUUAAAAAUGGAUUGGAUUUAAGCCUUGUAUCAGGCUUCGUGAUACCUAAACAAACUGAUUCAUUUCUUCGUCCACAUUUGUUGCUGAUCUUCAGUCCAAAUCUCAUCAUGUUCUUCGCUUUCAUCUUCUGGGGUCUUUCUGAAGGAUCUGUAAAUGAGACGAUCUGCUGUUGUGCCCUUUAUUUUCUCAGACCGCUCACAUUACUCUGGGCGCUGCCAUAUAAAAAUUUGAUUACAGAUCAAAUUAAAAAGCGGUUUUUGAUUGACUCUUAUGAUGUGGGAUAUGUGCUUUUCUCAGUUGUUGUUUGUUCAGUUAUUUUUAAAGAUGCCUGGGAAAAACAUCUAAGUCAUGCUGGAUUUGACAGUAUUGUAAUAUUGAUACUUUUUGUAAUAGUGCUGAUCUACGUCGUCAGCUUUGUCAUUUACAUGUUGGCUACGAUUGCUUGGAAACAAAUCAGCUGGAUUUCUUAUAUGUUUAUUGGUCUGUUUGGGAUAAUCACUAAUGUUCUGCCUGCAAUACAAUUAAUCUUUGUGUUCUACAUGUUUGGAUCGAUCAGAGGAGAUUUCUUGGUUGUUGCAAUUUUACCCUUGAUGAUAACAACCACCAGAUUUAAUUGGAACAUUACAUGUGGGCACAUGAUGGGCUGUUCACUUUUGGGCACUAGAUUGAUGUGGUUCAUUUUUUCGUUACUGACGAAUACAAUACUGAUGUGUUUCUACAUCAUGGCACUGGAUUAUGAAAAAGAUGGUAUUGCAUGGGCCAGUGUCUUUGGUUAUGCACACGUAGUAUGGACAGUUGUGCACUUUGCAUCGUCAUUUUAUGAUUGGGAUUAUCCUUUUGUCAUCUCUGCGUAUGUGUUUGGAUCAGUUGGUGUUGUUUUAAUCAGCGCUGUUGCUCUGAUGACUGAACUGAUACUGAAAACAGUUAAUGGUGAAGGUCCAAUGGGGGAUUUGAGGACUGUUGUGUUUAUUUCUGAAAGUCUCUUUAUCAUAUCUUUGCUGAUUUUGAUAGUAUUUGAACCAUGGAUCAAAGCUCGUCAGCGGCUUCAUCAGGAUUUAAACACACAGACUGAGGAGCUGUUGAACUUAAGUAUCGCAAUGGAUGUUACUUUAAUGAACAGAAUAUUGAAGAGACCGAAUGCAGUAAGCUCUGGUGAAACUCCAAACAAUCAAUCUUGUCAUUAUCAGAACACAGCAGAAUCUCAUGAACUGCAUCCUCUACUGAAUACACAACAGACUGAUAGGAGAACAGACACAGAAGAAAUUCAACUUGAUUCAGUGAAAUCACAAACAUAAUCAACACUAUGAGAAAAACAUUCACAAACACUUUAUUAGAUCAAACCCUCAUCAGUUCUGACAGUUCAGUCUUAUUCUUCAUGUAUAAUGUUGAUAGUUCUGCACUGUAAGGCUCAGCUUAAGCUAUGUAGGUCUUAGUUUUAUAAACAUCCCUUAGAAACGGAUGUGUAUCUUGAGACAAAUUUUAAGAUCUGUCAGUGCAAGUUAUUUUCAGUUGAGGCAGAGGGGGCAGCCGGAAAUUUUUGGGUUUUUUUUGGGAAUGUUGCUACCCUAUCUCAUCGGCAAGUCGUGUUAUUGUCACAAAAUAUUAGAUUUUAUUUAUGUUAUUGACACGAUUUUCCGCUGUUUUUCGUGCCACUGGAGAACAAAUGUUUUUUUUUGUGUGACACCCAGCACAAAUUUCUAUUAAUGGUUGUUUGUGUCUGUGGCACAACUUUCUUCAUCGUGUCAUUUUAUUUUAUUUUUCUGAGGUUUUUUUCCUAUUUUUAAAUCAUUGGCUUGGGGUUAGAUUCGGGGUUUGUGUUAGGAUGCAAUUUUAUUUCUACAUGUUUUUCUUCCACUUUUAAAACUAUUCUCGCCUGGAGUUGGGGUUUGGGUUAGGAUGUCGCAGAAAGUGAUUCUAACCCCAACCCCAAGUCACAAUGAUAAAAAACAAAGGAAAAAAUCAAUGAGAAAACAAAAUAUAAAAUGACACGAUAAAGAAAGUCGUGCCACAGACACAAAAAACUAUUUCUAGAAAUUUGUGCUGGGUGGCACAAAAACAGCGGAAAAUCAUGUCAAUAAUGAAUACAUCAUUCAUUUUUUGUGACUAUAACAAAAAUUUCCGUGAGAUUGGGUUGGAUGUUUUACUAUAAAUGUAAUAGUUUCAUAUUAAGAUGUGUUGUGUUAUUACAUUUAUUUCAUAUCAAUAUGUGUUGUGUUAUUAAGUUCAUGUAAAAGUGAAUUGCAUGUUUUGAUAUAUAUUUGCGUUUUAAUAAUAUGCGUUUUCUUUAAGUUACCAUGUCAUAGAGAAUAGAAGUACUUUUUCUGUGAGUUAAAUAAUGCUGAAGAGACUUCUGAGCUUUAUGAGAUAACCAGACAUUGGUGGGCGGGAUCUAAUAUUUUGCCAACAAGGGACGCUAUUUUUUUAAAGAGACACUUCGUUUUUUCAUGGUUGGCUGGACAUUUUUGGGGGGCAAGUUUUUGACUCAAAUGUGUUUUAGUUUACGACUAGCCUUAAGCCUGGUCUGUAAAAUCUGGGGGUUAUAAUUUUUUAGGGGAAGGUUUUUGAUUAAGCAGGACUAGGCUUUGGGUAUAUUAGGACAUUUAAUCCAGCUGUAACUUCAACAGUAUGGACAUAAUAAAUAAAUUAGUUAAUUUCUUUUAUUAUGGACAGAGACAAACAUUUACAUUACAUUUACAGUUUGCUUUUAUCCAAAGUGUUACAACCUGGUUGUUUUGUAUGUUUUUUAUUAUCUUUUGUCUGUGUUACAGCUGUGUUGAUUUUUUGAUGGAGACUAGGAAUUUUACUGUUAUUACGAAAUUAUAUACUGUAGUACAAUUUUUCCAUUUGGGUGUAGUUUUUUAUUUAACCUACUAGUGUAACUGUAUUUACAUAAUAUUGUUGGAUUUUUAAGCACAUAGCAUAAUCCCUAUCCCUAAACCUACCUAUUUGGUAGGUUAUCUCACACCUACCCAUAGAAAUAAAACAUAGGAUACAAUAGAGUCACUAUUUAUUCAAAAGUGCAAACAUUCCAAGUGCCAAAUUGAAAGAUUUGAGUGAGCAAAGGACGCAAAAGCGAUAAACUUCUCCAUUUACCAUAAAGCUCUGAACUCACACAAACUAAAGAAUGCCACCAGAACUGUUACAUCAACUUUCAUUGGGAAACUGCAAAAAAAAGGUGAUUACAAAAGAAAUACAUUGCAAAAAUAUACUUUUUAAUAUCAAUAUUUUUAUGUGACAAUCAGUCCUUUUUUGCUGCAACAUCAGUAUCAAAAUUAUUGAUACUUGGGUAUUGAUCCACCCAUCCCAAUAGCGUUCACUAAGUGGAUGCGUUUUCAGUGAUUUGAUCAUAAAAUUCCACUUUGUUCCAUAUAUAAAUGUAUUGUUUUUGGUCAUUUUGAAAUAAAUUAUUAUUGCAGAAAGUUAUAUUUUAAAUUGAGAAUCUGGAAGGUUUAGGCCAGGGACGGGGUAAGGUGCUUCAAAAGUCUUUCAAACUAUAAAUAUUUAUAAGAUUAUUUCUAAAAGCAAAGAAUUAAAUAUGUCUUGAUGCAUAUGGCAGACAUAAUAAAAAAGCAAUGAAGCGCACUGUAUUUUGAAAAAGAUUGGCUACCCUGAGCAUAAAAAGUGACUUUGAGAGGAGCUGAUUCGGCAUCAGUAUUUGCUGAGUUCUGAGUGAAACAUUUAGGACUGUGGUUCAUGUUAUGAUGACUAUGAUAUUUAUACAUGGUUUCUGUUUUAAACGUUUGUUUAAAUGUAUGUUUUUCUAAUGAGAUGUGCAAAUAAUAUUGCUGGUAUAGUAGUUCUCGGAUGCCAUCUUUUCUUUAUUAGAUUUUUUUCAGUACAUCUGUUUAUGUUAAGUUACUAUAGGGAGGAACUUUUGUACCACUGCUAGAAUUCAUAUUUUUGGUCAUGUUUAGGGUGGGUUAAGUUGUGGGUUUUGUUUAUUAUUUUGUCUUUGUCAGAGUUUAAUAAAUCAUAGUUAUGCUAA